CCAUCGAAAUGUGUGGCGAGAAGCCCGCGAUGGAGCACUGGCAAUACGUAACCCAGGGCCAGACUGCCCGUAUCAGCUUUACCAGUGCCGAUAAGGCAAUCGGUGCUCAGGGUUUCCGUAUAAUCUGGACCGAGGUACAGGACACACCGGUCGGACCUUCGUCCACGAUAUCGCUGCUGUGCGAAUCGACCUACCAUUUCCAGUGUUUAACGUCCGGGUACUGCAUCUCGGAACGGUUACGAUGCGACGGUGUCAAGAACUGCGGCCCGCUGGACAAUAGCGAUGAAAUGCACUGUGAAGCGUCGACUCGAUCGCUUCCCGCUUACACAACUCUCUUAGUCGUGGUUUGGCUUUUUAGUGUGUUUUUCAAUCGAACCGUGUCUAUUAUACUGUGAUAACACCAUGGUCAAACAUUUGCACGCAGUAAAAAGAUGUUGCUUAUAUUACAUCACAUCUGCAGUAUUAAUAAAAAAAAACAGAAAAUCAAACGAACGACUAAUUCAAGGCACUUUAGCACAAUGCCAUCAUCUACUUCCUUCCCGUUCGAUUCUCGUUCUCUUUGGAACGUUUUCGGGUAUUUGUGUGUAUCCAUUCUUUCCUAACUGCAUUUAGAUGCAAAAUCGUAACUGUUCUGUUCACUGGUUUAAACAUUAUCACCUUAACAACUUGACCAGUAAUACCUUCCAAGCAUCAGUUCUAGAUCAGAAGCAUCAAACGCGAUCGAGUUUAUUUACCACAUCAAAAGCAAAUUAAACUACAUCAGACAAAAAGCCAAAAAAAAACGCCCUAAAACAUGGACAAAACACAAUUACUCCAACGGUGCAUUCCAAAACACGAUCCCAAAAAACGCUUACACGAUAAUGUCUACGAUCAUGCUGACUAAUACUAAUCUGAUCCAAGUGAGUCCCAUUUUAACUUUAAUCCUAGCCAUCUGUCUAUUUUAACUCUUGCUCUGAUGUCUAAUCUGUAUAUAUUUACACAUUUGCGUUAAAGUUCUAAAAACUAAAACCAUUCACCAACACGCGCCACCCAGCGUACACCUCACAUGCACGAAUGUUUUUUUUUUCCUUUUUUGUUUACUUCGUACUGUUCUGUACUUCUUCUUUCCGCCCUGUAGAUGUGUAGACGGAAUGGCUUUUUGAGUGUGUUUUUGUUUUGUUUUUGUUUUUGAAUAUCAACCAUUUACUAAUAGUGCAGAACAGUUUAAUGCACGAACAGUAGUCAGUAGUAGUUUCAGUUUUACUUUUAUGAAGUUUCUUUUUUUCAUAAGGCUAGUAACAAAUUUUGUGAAUGAACCGAUUAGUGUAAAGUGCACCAAACUCUGUUUUGUUUCGAGCUGCAGCCAACGUGACGGCCUGGCAAUCGUUUCGUCAUGCUCAUCAUGUCAGAUCGUUUUCCACACCUUCAUCGUAAUGUGGUUUUUGGUUCCAUUUUUUUUUCUUAACAAAUUGGUUUGUAUCCACAAUGCUCCUUUGGUUAGAAUUUACCAUUUUCCCCCCUUUAUAACCUCCAUGUCUUUAUGUGUGUGUCUGAGUGAGUGCGUAAGUGGAAAAAACAAACCAACUGGGAGAUGGUACUGUUAUGUUUUGGUUGUGAUUAAUACACAUCUUAUGUUGAAUUAAUGCGCGUUUCCUUCUUUUCCUUUCAUUUACGUUCGUUUUCAAUCUGUUUUCCCUCCCUUCAUCUAGUGUACUCUCGAAGUAUUAUUUCGUGCAUUUUGUUUUCUUAUAUCGGGCCCUGUGUUCAUCCGUUAUGAACUGAAGUUUGACUCAUCUCAAAACUGCAUACAUAAUUGUUCUUUGUCGUUUAAAAUUGGUUAACGUUUUAAAAAGCUUGUACACAUUUGGUCCAUCCAUCCACACUGAAACAUACGUUGCGACUGUUGAACUCGAUCGCUUGGGGAAAUAUUAAGGCACAAUUUAAAAUCACAGAAGAACAUAAAGUAUAAUUGCUAGAAAAACUUUACUUUUGAGUUUAGUCAAAGGCCCUUAAAUAAAACAAGUAACAGAUAACAGAUUUAAUUUUCUAUUUAAACUUAUUCAAUAAAUCAAACUUUUUAAUAUAAAUAUUAUUGGCUAAAUGGACAAAACGUGAGGUUUUUCUCAGAUCUACAUAAUUCAAAAAUUGCGAAUAGUUUUCCAUAUAAACAGGAUCGAUUACCUUCUUGCAUUACAAUGCAAUUUGUUAAUAAUCAUCGAUCGAAGCAAUACUUUUAAUAACUAAAAAAGCAUUAUUUUAGUUAAAUCAAAAUUUUCCAAAGCGAUCAUGUUCAUUAUUCGUUGCGAUAGCGGUAAUUCAUGGUACACUUACUCACCACUAUUCACGCAAGCUGAGCGCCACAUACAACAUAUCUUACAUCACAUGUGCCAGCCACAGUAUACGCUUUCUAACACAAUUAACUCUCUUAGUGCACACUGCUAACACUGACAAAUUGUUUCAUCACACAUCACAUCUUGUUACUGCCACCAGCUAACAGAGUAAAACGCCCGUAAUACGAUCAAGAAAGACUCUUUACAAGCUGGAAGCUGGAAUAUAAAACACAUACACCUUACAUAUCUAUAUAUGCUACCCCUGAAUGAAUGUCCUGACCAUCACUAAUGGAAUGUUUCGUUUCUAUCAUCCUUUACUUCUCGCCCCCACGGUUCCACCUUCUCCACUCAAUCCCUCUCAUUCGUUACGCCCUUCCCGUACCUUAAUUAACUGCGAUACUGCGCGUCCAUACUGGCGCCCGUUCGUGUGUAUGUAUCGAUCUUUGCUUUGUUUUGCCGGUGUUGCUGAACAAACGAUCUGCUGUUACGUGCGAAUGUACCUGGCAUAUG